GACAGCACCAUGGCUGCCUUUGGAGCAAGCUUUGAAAGCGAGAAUUCAAUCGAAGACAGAAAGGAAAAUAAAAGAAAAGCUCGUCAAGAAGUGGUUGAAAAGGCCAAGCAGUGUUAUGAGAGGGAGGAGAAGAAAAAGGAGCUGAAGAAGCUGAGGGGAGAAGACACCUGGAUGCUCCCUGAGCUCGACCAACGAUUGAAGCAGAUAGGACAGGAAGACUCUCUCAAGAUUAAGAAGAGGAAGAAAGAGAAAAAGUCUAAAAAGGCCAAGAAGGAGAAGAAGAAGAAGAGAGAUAAGAAAGAGAAGAGAGCAGGGACGGGAGAUGGCUGCAGUGACAGCUCCGAGGACUCAGAGGAGGAGUGGGUGGAGGCCCAGCCCCAGCCAGAAACGGUUAAAGGCUGGAAGAUUCCGGCAGAGGCCAAGGCUGCAGAGAGCAGCCGUAGUCCAGCCCAGGAUGCCAAGCGAGACGAGUGGAUGACCUUUGACUUUCUGGCAAUGAAAACCACAUCGACAACAGAGAGGCGAGCUGAAAAAGACCGGCUGAAAGGGGAGGAGAAGUCCAAAGCCGAGGCUAUCGAACAGGCGGGUCUGCACAAGCUGGAGCUAAACCCGUUUUGGAAGGACGGAGGAAGCGGUCUGCCCCCAGAGAAGAACGCUGUUGCGGUUGCUGAGGCCAAAAGAGUGUCUGCAGUCAACGAUGGCGGUCUGAGCUGGUUGAAGAAGAGCUACCAGAGGAUGAGGGAGCAGGCAGAGAGAGAUAAUUGCAGCCUGAACGAAAUAGUGGCCCAGAGAUACGGGUCCAUGGAGGAGUUCCAGAAGCGUCUGGCAGAGGCGGAAGAGGCGGCCUAUGGGGCACCGAGGAGAGGGGGGAACAGGGAGGGGGACACGGCCGACAGAGAGGGCUGGGGACGAAAUGAGAGGGAGCGAGACACAUCUCCUCGAGAUGGCGGCAGGCGUUGGGAGAGAAAUGGCGAGCCGAGGGAACAGGGGAGCGAGCGGGAAAGAGGCCCGGGUGAAGGCCGCUACAGAGAGAGGGACCGCAGUAGGGACCGGAACAGAGGAGAGGAUGACCGGGACGGGGAGCGAAAACGCAGGAGCAUGGACCGAGACGAGGAACGGCCCAGAGAGAGGGAGAGGGCCAAUAACAGACGUACAGACCAGGACAGAGAGGGAGACAGAGACAGGGAGAGAUACAGAGACGGGCCCAGGGAGAGGGAUGGAGGCCGGUCUGGGGGUUCUGACAGAGCCCCGCGUGACGAUCGUCCGUCCUGCCGAGAAGACUCCUCCCCUGGACGCAGCCGGCACACCCCUCCCCUGUCCCUUGGGUCGUUGAAAGGCCGCUUCCUCAAGCCCUCAGAAGAUGAGGACGGUGGAGUUCGCAGGUCAGCACCAGAUCCUGCUCGUCUCUCCAAGGCCUUCCUGAAGCCCAGCUCCGACGACGAGGACUCCCCGAAGACGGUGCGUCAGCACCACGGUGUUCCCCCCUCAAGGAGAGAGAGCGGCCCGGCCCAGGGAACCGACAGACCAACAGCACCACAUCACGGGGAUAGGAUGGUUACUGAAGCGACGGCUCACCAUGGGAACAAGGCAGCAGUCACAUCCUCAAGUGAGGAGAGUGAAGAAGAGGAGCUUCCACUGCUCACAGAUGAGGAGAUGAACAAGCUGGGAGCCAAGCUGGUGAAGGCAGAGAUCAUGGGGAACACGGCCCUGGUAGACAAGCUCAAAUCCCAGAUGGAGCUCGCUCGUAAAGCCAAAGAAAACCACGCAACCAGACUGCAACAGGCGAAUGCCGCCAGAGCAAGCCAGCCUCCAGGGCGAUCCGAGGAAGACAAGGAAGUGCUGCUUUUCAGGACGGACCACUCGGGCCGGGCCUGGCCGGUCAACGCCCCGUCCGAACCCCAGGAGCCGCACGGAGGACGCAGGAAGAGAAAGCCGAUUGAGACUCACGUUGACGGCGAGCGCGUGCGCUACUUCCAGGAUGAUGACAGUAUGGGUCUGCAGGAGAUGGUCCGCAGGGAGAAGAUGAGCACGCCACAGGACCAGAAUGCACUCUACUCGCGCAUGGCUGGCAAGAUGAUGGGCAAGGCGGACGGCGACAACUACACGCUGGACGACAUGUUUGUGUCGAGCGCGGCGCAGCGGGAGGGAGAGGGCCGGGACGAGGAGCGCAUGAGGAGCCAGGCGGUGGCGGAGAGCCGGCGGCUGGCCGCCUCCAUGGACCAGUGCCCGCGCUGCUUCAACAGCCAGGAGCUGCAGAAGCACCUCAUCGUGGCCAUCGGGGCCAAGUCGUAUUUGAGCCUUCCAGCAGGAGUGUCGAUGACCGAGGGCCACUGUCUCAUCUCACCCCUCCAACAUCACUGCUCCGCCACGGGAUUGGACGAGGACAUCUGGUCAGAGAUGCAGCUGUUUCGCCGUUCUUUGGUGCGCAUGUUUGAGUCCCAGGACCAGGACUGCGUCUUCAUGGAGACGCACAUGAACCCGCGCAGACGGCAGCACAUGGUUCUGGAGUGCGUACCUCUACCCCGAGAACUGGGAGACAUGGCUCCUAUAUACUAUAAGAAAGCCAUCAUGGAUUGUGACGAGGAGUGGGCCAUGAACAAGAAAGUGGUCAACCUCUCGUCGAAGGAUAUCCGGCAGGCGGUUCCCAGGGGCCUGCCCUACUUCGCCGUGGACUUUGGACUGCAGGGCGGCUUCGCUCAUGUGAUUGAGAACGAGCAGAAGUUCCCUCACUACUUUGGCAAGGAGGUGGUGGGAGGCAUGAUGGAUCUGGAGCCGCGCCGCUGGCGUAAACCAAUCAGGGAGAACUUUGACGAUCAGAGGAAGAAAGUCCUGCAGUUCGCUCAGUGGUGGAAACCGUAUGACUGUACCAAGGCUGACGGCUAGCUGAAUGCACACACACAUGCAUGGUGUACUUGGUGUAGUACUUAGGUAACAAGUAUGUGCCAAAAUUCCAAGAAGAAAGGUUUUGUGACAAACACACUCAAGCCAAUAAACAUACACAUUCAGUCUUUUAAAAUGAUGUUAAUGGGAUGAAGGUAUUUUAAUAUGCUAGAUGUUUUAAAUAAAAGGAUUUUGAUCAAUGUGUCGGAUCCUUGUACACAACAACUCAAUGCUAUGCAGAAAGUAUAUGUUUAGAAUAAACACUAUUAGUAUUGGAUUUAAGUUGGAUAAUGUAAAGUCACAUCAGACAUUUACAUUUAGGGCAUUUAGCAGACGCUUUUAUCCAAAGCGACUUACAAUAAGUACAUUUGUCAUAAGAAGUGCAUCAAUAUAUCGCUGUCGGUACAGAAAGGAUGUUCAUAGAACCAAGUGCAAGUACAACAAUCGCUAGGCUAACCAAUUCCCUGUGUUACAGCAAUGAUAGCAGCUACUGCAGUUGCUACACAGUUAAGGACUAUAAUACAACACAACACAAUACAGUGUACAAUGGCGGCCAGAAUAUGAAUAGAUGAAAUAUGAAUAUUUCACUUCAGAGCAGUCAUGUCAUUCAAACAUGGGAGGCGUAGCAAUAUAUAUUUCUAAUCAGAACUAGAUUUAGUUUGAUUUAACAAGUGGGUUAUCUCCAUGAUCCGUCUCUGCUUUGGAUUAAUCAACGUUAAAUUUGGGCGUCUCCAGAGCAGGCUGCGUAUGUUCGCUGGGGUGGUGGAUGGUGGCACAUUAACGGCAGGCUGGCCUUGAGUCAUAAGCCCCGGCACAGCUUCCUCUAAACAUUACUCUCCAUGCUGUCCAGCCCAAGGACUUAAUACGUCCUGAUCCUUCAGCUAUCACUAAAACACAACGCUCUCCCAUGCAACACUUCCAAAAACACUCACAUGCAUACAUACUCAGAGGCAUGUGUGCCAGGAUCUUUGCAUUAUUUUGUUCCUUAGUUCUUUUGACUAAGGAAUAUUAGUAUGCAUUAAUUAAUUUCCGACAAAGAAAGUGCCAGGUUGGCUUAUUGGUUAGCAGGCUAUUUGUAAGUUUGGUAGAAAUAAUGAGAACAAAGAUUUUAAUUACUUUGUAUCAACUGUUUUUUAUUAAUUUGCCUCGUCAAAAUAUAGGUAAAUUAAAGGUCCCAUUGCAUGCUACUUUAUGGAUGUUUUUAAUAUUGAUAUUAGUGGUGGGCUCCUAACACAGUAUUGGAAGACGUUCCCGAUAUUCAGCCAUGGUGCAGAACAGCCACUACGAGCCAGUCAUACGUUAAGCUUUCCCCAAACGCAACGUUUCGGUGUCUAUAUAUUAAUGCA